CUGUUCUGUAGUUUGACCGGUUAGUGCUGUAUUAUAUUACAUGAAUAAAGGUGAUAAUAAUAUUAAUAUAAUAUUAAUUGUUAAAAAAAGUGUGGCUGACUGAAAUCUUAAAAUUCACAUAAGCAGUAACAGUCAUGAAUCCAAGCAAAAAUGUUUUCGCAAUUGUUCAAUUUGAUGGAGACGAUGAUGCUGUUGAAAUUAUACGCACUAAGUGGGGUUUCUUUAACCAUGAAAAUGUUUUGACGGAUACAUACUUCCCUCAAACAACCAAUUCAAAUUACUUUCGAGAUAUUUUGAAGAAUAACCCAACGCCAGAUAAUACUUGGACUGAUAACGGAGAGCUGUGGACAAUAAAAAAAUUUUUCCGUUUCACUGACACCUUAGAGGAUGCAGAAAACAAAAUUGAAUACUAUUUAAAUAUUACUGAUGUUAGUACGGAUGACAACCCUACUGAAAAUCCCUAUGUAGGAUCCUACAUAAGAUCUUACAUAGAAUACUAACUAUAAAUUUAUAAAAAAUCCUAGAAUGAUUGUAAGAAUCUACGUAGAAAUCCAUAAAAAAGCACAUAUGGAUUUGGCACAGGAUUUUUUAUGAGAAUUGAUAUAGGAACGCGCAUUCGUGUUACUGGAUAAAAAUAUACGUUGAUUCCAAUAUGAUUACCUACAUCUUUUCUGACAUAAUUUUGGUGUCAAUUUCCUAUGUCAAUUUCCUUUGUCAAUUUCCACCAUACUUACCAAUAUAAAAUCUUACAAAAAUUCUUAGUUAAAAUCUUACUUAAUAAUUAUUAAAAAUUUGUCUAUAUAGAAU